AACGACGCCUUCCAGGCUGUACUGACCCAUGUGGCCGAGCAGUUAAACAGAGUAUUCAAAAUGGAGGAGACGAAAAGCCAUUUAAAUCACAGAAUUAACAUGCUGGAGAAGAGGAUCGAAAUUGAGGGUCUGAAGGCUGUGGAGAUAGAAAAAUGCAAGUCGGAGAUUUCGUACAUCCGGGAUCAGCUAUGGAAUGCGCAGAAGAACACCCCGAUCUCUGACGAGACGAAGAUCAGCCUGAAAAAGGAUGUACCCAAUUACCCCAAGGUGAGAAGGAUUGUCACACAAAUUUGCUUAGUUUUGGGUUCUUGUCAGUUUGGUUUGGUAUUUUUUUAUUUUUUUUUGGUUUAUUCGUAGGCACAGUAGCCAGAUUUC